ACCCGAACUAUAACAAUAUUAAAGACCUUUUUUUUACCUUUACAGUAUUAGAUGCCUAAGGUCAUUCCAUUUCACUGCCUACUAGUUUGACUUAAGGUUCUAGUCUUUGUUUUUUUAUAUGAUUUAACCUAUCACAAAUUAGUUUUUUUUUUAUCCAUAACAUUAGGAAAAGAUAGAUUAAUAAAGUAGGUAAUUCUUUAUAAUAGGUCUGUCCUCCAGUUCUUCCCCCAUCCCCCAAAUCCCUCAAACAAACCUGGAAAAACAGGGUUUUAGGGUAGGGGAAGCCAAAUUAGGAGAUUCAUGAAAAGCCCAAGAAUGAGAUGCCAUAUUUUGAAAACAGGAAAUUUCUAGCUUAACCUAACUUUACCUAACCUAAAUAAGGCAGGAGGGGGUGUGCUUUGGAAUUUCCAGAGUAUACCAGAGAUAGAAAUUAAUGAUUGAGAAUGCUGGUUAAUGCUUGCAUUAGAGAGGUGGACAGAAUAGGGAUGAAAGAAAGAAGAAAAUCUUGUGCAGCGAGGCCAUGGGAGGAGUGGAGGCAUACAAUUAGCAAGAUUUGAGUGGUGACUGCAUGCAACUGGUGGAGGAUACACUUGGAGCUGGCAUAAACAAUGGAAAACCAGGAAGCUGGGCUGGAUGUGAGUGUGGAGGACAGGCUUUGUGUGGUGAAGUUCAAUCGGCCACGCAAGAAAAAUGCUCUUCGUGUUAAAAGGCAGAUGCAAACUGCAGAGUUGAGACAUUGUAGCUGUAAAGGAGAGUAUAGAGCCCUGAUGGCAAUACUUGAUCGUGCUGCUGAGAACCCAGGUGUAACAGUGGUGGCUGUGACAGGAGAAGGGGACUACUUCACAGCUGGUAAUGACUUUAUUGACAGUCUUGAAAACACGAGAAAUGAUCAAUCCAGUGCAGAAGGAACUGAAGUUUGGGAGAAAGGAAGUUCAUCUGGUAUAAAUUCAUUCAGAGACUUUAUAACAGCUCUGGUCAACUUCCCAAAGCCCUUGGUGGCUGUCUUAAAUGGACCAGCAGUAGGCAUGGGAGUCACUAUUCUGCCACUCUUUGAUCUUGUCUAUGCAUCAGACAAGGCUACAUUUCAUGCACCCUUUGUACAGUUGGGUGUUGUGGCUGAGGGCUGCUCUUCCUACACCUUUCCACGUCUCAUGGGUAUGGGAAAGGCAGCUGAAGUUCUUCUGUUUGGGAAGAAGCUGACAGCAAAGGAGGCUUCUGACCGAGGUCUGGUGACAGAAGUGUUACCUCAUGCAAGUCUCCACCAGGUUUGGCCAAGAAUACGUGAAUAUGCCAAGUUCCCCCUGAAAACUCUUCUUACAGUCAAGGAAAUGAUGAGAGCUAAUGAUCGGGAAACUCUAGUUAAGGUCAACAUCAUGGAAAUGGAGUAUCUUAAGAAAGCAGCAAGGAGUGAAGAGGCUUUUACUGGGAUAAUGAACAUGUUUGCAAAGAAAUCAAAGCUAUAAAGAAUCAUAAAUUAUAGAACAUGAAGCAGCAGUGCAGCAAACCAGUGCCAUGGCAUCUAAAACUGUGUGAGUAGGUGUGUUUUGUCCUCCCAUCUGGGGUGAUGCAGCACCAUUACAUCCAAAACUGUGUGUGUGUGUGUUUUGCCCUAACAUUUGAUGUGACAGUACUGCAGCCAUGCAGCACCAUUGCAUCUAAAGCUGUGUGUGUGUGUGUUGUCUUUACAUCUUGUAAAACUGUUUAUAUUCUCAAAUCUGGUGUGACACAGCAUUGGAGCAGUGCAGCACCAUCACUUCCAAAACUGUGUGUAUUGUCCUUACAUCUGCCACAGCACUGAAACACAUUUGUUUGUGUUUUUUUGCGUUGCAGCAGCACCAUCACUGGCCUUCUUCUACCCUUCUCUUGCAUGCAAGCUGGCAUGACUAGUGUUGCAACUAACAAGAAGUGGUUUAUCCACAUGAAAAAUUUGUAUGUUCACGUAUGUGAACUAUGCACUGAAAUACAUUUACAACAUAUAGUACACAUGUAUUUAUUUUUAUUGUGAUGCCAAGGGUAGGAAUGUGUGACCCCUACACGACAAAAGCACAAAACUUGGGGAGGUAAUGUGCAUGUCAGGAUGGUCAGAAUUUAGGACUUGGUGUGAAACUCAAGGAUCACAAAACUCAUAUACUGUGAAACUCAUGGGGGUACUAUAGGCAACUCUUACUCAAGCAUAUUUGAGCAAGUUGAACUGUGCCUUUUCAUGUAAAAAAAAAAGCCACACACACAUAUACACACACACACACACAUUAAAGUUGCUGAUCACCUUUGUUGGCUGAACUAUAAGGUAAAAGCUCCCAAAGUCAUGUCCAUACCUACUAGUUUUUCCUAGGUGAACAGUUGCUUUAAGCAUGACAGGAGGCUCAUGCAUUUUUGGCUGCAUAAGGAAUCAAACCCUUGUUAUUUCUCCUGUGAGGUUUCUGGGUGAAUAGUUGGUUGUAAGUAAAGAAAUAGUGUGUAAUUUAUUUUAUUUUUUUUCAAAAAAGUAUUGGAAACUCCUUUAUAUAUUUACUAAUACACAUCUUUCAUAGCAUUAGAAGAAAUGCCAA